GAAUUUUGGACGAUACAACCUACAACAUGAUGAACACCCCUCGGUGCGGAUUAUCCGAUGUCGACCCCGAUAACCCGGAUAACGAUCCGAACUCGGAUUCGCUGGAGAGCCUCGCAGCUAGGCGUAGAAAAAGAUACGUACUCACUGGUAACAAAUGGGAAAGGAACGAUCUCAAGUGGCGCCUUAAUGACGGAACGAGCGACCUUGAAAGAACCCACGUAACAAAUAUUAUGAAUAAUGCCCUCCAGUACUGGGAAGAUGCCUCUGCUUUGGAUAUUACUGAGGGAACCGGCAGUGACGCGGAGAUCCAAGUAUCAUUCGAAGAUGGCGCACACGGUGACAAUGCUCCUUUUGAUGGGCCCGGUGGUACGCUUGCGCAUGCGUACUACCCGACAUCUCCCCCAGUUAGCAUCGCGGGCGACGCCCACUUUGAUGACGGUGAAACUUUUACGGAUGGUUCAAGUUCAGGAAUAAACCUGUUACAGGUUGCCACACACGAGUUCGGACACAGCUUGGGUCUCGACCAUUCUGAUGUUAGGGGUGCCGUGAUGUUUCCCUUCUAUUUAGGUUACAAUGCGACUUUUGCUCUUGAUCGUGAUGACAUCGCCGGUAUACAAGCUAUAUAUGGCGUAAACACUAAUGAUCCUGAGCAGCCUGAUGGAUCAGGCGCCGAUUGUUUCCCUAUAACCAUAACAUGGGCGACGAGUACUCAAGAUGGCAGGCAUUAUCUAUGCAACGCCACAUACUGUUAUAGAAUGUCCAGUAACACAAUUGAUGCCGGGUAUCCUAAACGGAUCCAAGAAGACUUUCCCGGACUACCCGAUGGUCCGGAUGCUUCUUUCUACUACCCGACCUCUGGAAAAACAUACGUCUUUAAGGGAAGUGAAGUCUGGCGCAUGUCAAACCAAAGCAUCGACUCCGGAUAUCCCAAAAGUAUUGAAUCCGAGUUUCCCGGUAUACCGAGUGACUUGUCCGCUGCAUAUAUCUGGCAUACCAACAAUAAAAUCUACUUUGUGAAAGAUACCGAGUACUACCGCGUCUCUACCCCUGGAGGUGGAGUCGAUCUCGAUAUCGACAACCCCUAUCCAAGACUAUUCUCAGCAUGGUGGCGAGGUCUCCCAAGCACCAUCGACGCCGCUUUCCAAUGGCACUGGAGCGAUGCCGAGACCUACAUGUUCGCCGGUUCCCAGUAUUACCGACUUCACCCUUUCAGAUCCGAGGUGUUGAUUAGUGUGCCGCCUUAUCCGAGAGAGACCGCGGUGUAUUGGUUCGAUUGUGAUCCGACUGAUGGUAUAAGCGACGGCGGGUUCAAUGCAGGGAUCAGAGCUGUGGAGUUACCAUCCGUGGUGGCAGUCAUGAUUGUCAUGUUCCUGAAUACCUUAUGGGUUCUCAAUUGAUUUGGGAGAAUUUCUGAAGAGGGAUGAUUUCAAAGCAAUAUGAGAAAACAAGAUUAUGAAUUUAACCCAGAUGACUUUUUUAAAUCUGUCAAUGUAUUUCAAAAUUCACAAAGAUAGAAAGAUGCAUGUAGAUAACUGGUUUAUUGAUUAAAAAAAAUCAUUGCGGCAUAGCCGAAUUGCGGUGAGUAUACUGAAGCAUAUACUUUCAUUAAAAACAUUAUAAUAUAAAAAAGGAAAUAUAAGUUAAAUGUGUAUCCCAUAUCGUAAAUUCAUAAUUUCAUAAAAAGGGAACAUAUCUUGAACACAACGGAGAAAAGUGAGAAGUUCGGUUAAAAUGUUUUUAUCAUUCAGUCUUUGAUAACACAUAGUUUAGCCAUCUUGAGUGUUAAUGAGUGGUAAGUAAGUUACGUUAAGCUUACUUCCAUGCAAAGUAUGAAGUCCAAGAUUUGGCAUAAUUUAGAAAAGAGGGACGGACUUUGCCUCAUAGAAAAGGGUGGGAAAAGACAAAAAGAAAACAAUGAAUAAUAACCUGAAUUAUCAUUUGACUUUCGUAAUUCGAUUUCAAUAUAUUUAUCCAAUUCUUAAUUCAAUUCAGUUAAUCAAAUUCACGAGAAAUAUAUGUGUGCAAGACACGGUUAUCUAUAUGAUUUAUAUGAUAUUGACAAAAAGUAAGUUUUCCUAAAUUCGUGAUCACCAGUCGACUUUAUGAAGUUAUAUAGGGCUCAGAAUAUGACUCAAAUGUAAAUGGCCAUAGUGAUCGCAGUAACCAUACAUUGCUAUGAGAAUUUUGCAAAAGUAAGCGAAAUGACAAAGUAAAAAAAUGAAAUCUUACGAAAGAGAAUAUUAUAACAUUGACCGAUCGUGAAGUCUUCCUUAUCCAUUUGCAUGAAAUUUGCACUGUAAAAACGCUGUUUAAGAUUUUAAGCACGUUG